AUGGCGAUUCAAAAUGAAGGCUCUGCAAUUAUCGACUCACAACCACGACCUGUGACCUUGAAUCACAAUAAAAAUGAGCCAGAAGAAGGACAGAGCGUAACAUCUGGCAGUGGGUGGCAAAUGAAGACCCCGAAAAACGAAGGCUGCCCCCCAGUUGCCAUAGUAGGAAUGGCACUGCGAGCACCUGGAGGGGUCAAAUCUCCCGAUGAACUUUGGAGACUGUUACUUGAAAAGAAAAAUGGAAUUUGUGAGGUUCCUGGUAACAGGUACAAUAUCGAUUCCUUUUACAGUGAGAACAAGACCCACAUGGUCAAAACUCGUCAUGGUUAUUUCCUUGACGAAGAUCCGGCCUGCUUUGAUGCAUCAUUCUUUGCUAUCAAUAGUCACGAGGCUGGGCAGAUGGAUCCGCAGCAGCGCAAACUCAUGGAGGUCUUUUGGGAAUGCUUAGAAAGCGCAGGUGAAACUGACUGGAAAGGGAAAAAUAUUGGCUGCUAUGUCGGAGUUUAUGGUGAAGAUUGGUUGGAUCUUGCUAGCAAAGACCCUCAAUACACCAACCGCUACCAUAUUCUUGGUACCGGCCAGUUUGCUCUUUCUAAUAGGCUAUCAUGGCAGUACGAUUUCCGGGGACCAAGUAUGACAAUUCAAACCGGUUGCUCAGCAUCUUUGGUUGGCUUACAUGAAGCCUGUCAGGCUCUUUAUUCUGGAGAAUGUUGCUCAGCUAUGGUUGCGGGCACAAGUUUAAUCUUCGCACCUACUAUGACAACUACAAUGUCCGAUAAUACUGUCAUGUCUCCAACUGGAAAGUGCAAGACAUUUGAUGAGAAAGCCGAUGGCUACGGUCGGGCUGAAGCAAUUAAUGCUCUCUACAUCAAGACUCUGGAUGAAGCCAUCCGAAAUAAUGACCCAAUUCGAGGUAUAAUACGCGCAACUUCAGUCAAUUUUGACGGGAAAACGCCCACUAUCACCACUCCUGGUUUUGAAUCCCAAGAGGCGCUUGUUCGACGAGCUUAUGAAAGGGCUGGGAUUGACGAUAUCAGCCAAACUGGGUUUUUCGAAUGCCAUGGAACUGGCACAAUGGCUGGAGACACCAUAGAAGCAUCUGUCGUUGCUAAAGUUUUUGAAGGGAAAGGAGUUCACAUAGGUGGGGUGAGUCGAGCCCCUUUCUGUCUUGGGUUGCAUUAUAAUACUGAAAGUGCACAGAUAAAACCAAAUAUUGGACAUGGGGAAGGUGCAUCGGGAAUUUCAAGUGUUAUCAAGGGGGUAAUGGCCCUUGAGAACGAUACAAUACCACCGAACGUGUUUUUUGAAUCACCAAACCCAAGGAUCCCAUUCAAAGAGGGAAAACUUCAGGUGCCGGUGGAUUCUAUACCCUGGCCAGAGCACCGCAGCAAAAGAAUCAGCGUCAACAGCUUUGGAGUCGGUGGUGCCAAUGCUCAUACUAUUUUGGAGUCACCUGCUUCGUUUUAUGUCACGGCCAAAAAGCCGCACCCUACACAAUGCGGUGGGCCUCGCCUCCUCACUGUAUCCGCAAAGAACUCUGAUCAGUUAAAAGAGCGAGUUAAGAUAGUCACUGAUUACCUAAAUGAAGACGUGUCAAAACUGCAUGACUUAGCUUACACCCUAGGAGUACGCCGAGAGCAUUUACCACGCCGUGCCUUUAUCAUAGCACAACCGGACCAACCUAUUAACUCCGUUGAUUUUCACACUGGCCAGGAUAAGUCUUCUGGUUUGGCCUUUGUCUUCACAGGUCAAGGUGCUCAAUGGCCAGGUAUGGGAAAAGAUUUGCUAAACUCCUUCCCGGGCGCUAGGAAAGACAUACAGACUCUAGAUAAGGUCCUCCAGGACUUAUCAGACGGCCCCAACUGGUCUAUAGAAGAGGAGCUUGUUAAAAUUGGCAAUGAUAGCAGGGUCAAUGAGGCAGAGUUCUCCCAGCCUCUUUGCACUGCUCUCCAAAUUGCACUUGUGAAUGUAUUAUAUGGAUGGGGUAUCAGGCCAUCAUCUGUGGUUGGACAUUCUAGUGGAGAGAUUACGGCUGCUUAUGCUGCUGGUGCUAUAACUGCCGAACUGGCUAUAAUUAUAGCAUACUAUCGAGGUAAAAUUACAAAAGAAUUGACAACGAAGGGCGCCAUGGCAGCUGUUGGCCUAGGAAGAGAUCAAGUCACUCCAUACUUAGAAGACGGGGUUGUUAUCGCCUGCGAAAAUAGUCCUCGUAGUGUGACACUGUCAGGAGAUGCAGCAACCCUCCAGAAAGCAGUGGACUCAAUCAAAAGAGAUCUACCAGAUGCAUUUUGCAGGGAGCUUCGCGUGCGUGUUGCUUAUCAUUCUCAUCAUAUGCGAGCAAUUGGGGCACAAUACGAAUUGUCAAUCUCUCCAUUCAUCCGGCAUGAAGAGAAGAUGCUUCCUCUUUUCUCUACUGUUACUUCCAAAACCAUUACCCAACCUCAGGAUCUUAACGCUGCAUAUUGGCGUAGCAACCUCGAAUCCCCAGUGUUAUUCUCUGGGGCCAUCCAAAGCAUCCUCCAAGGGGCACAGCGAACCACUUUCCUUGAAAUUGGGCCUCAUAGUGCUCUUGCAGGCCCUCUUCGCCAAAUUUUCCAAACUGAUGGUCUCAAGCAUUCACCUGUAUACGUUCCUACGCUUGAUAGAAGUGAAACUGAUUCCCGGACCCAACUUCUGUCUGCAGCUGGGGCUACACACAUUUGUGGAGUUUCUGUUGAUCUGGAGUCUGUGAACGGUAAAGGCAAUACACUGGGUAAUAUCCCGCCGUAUCCAUGGAACCACGACCAUAAGUACUGGUAUUCUAGCCGCCUAACAGAUGAAUGGCGAUUCCGCGCCUACCCUCACCAUGAACUCCUCGGUAGCCGGGCAGUCGAGGCUUCAGACAUUGAGCCAUUGUGGAGGAACGUUUUACGGUUGGAUGACGUACCGUGGCUCAUUGAUCAUACCCUCCAAGGAAAUAUUAUAUUCCCGGCUACAGGCUAUAUUUCAAUGGUCGGAGAAGCAAUUCGUCAACUCUUUCCCGACCCCGAAACUAAUGAUUAUUCCAUAAGGAACCUUCUCAUCAAAUCACCUCUUUUGUUGAAGCGGGAACGAGAAGCAGAAAUAAUCACUGCCCUUAAACCUGUUAAAGUCACUGAUCUGGUUGACUCUGAAUGGUAUUCGUUUACAAUCAUGUCGCAUGAUGGGAGCGGCUGGGCGAAACACUGCCAGGGAGAGGUGAGGGCUGGCCCGGAAAACCCUCCUGAAGAAUAUAAAAUUCGGACGCAUAGCCGACCUGUCGACACCGACUUGUGCUAUAAAAUGGUAGAGAGGGCUGGGUUUAAUUACGGACCUCAUUUCAGGCGCUUCCAGGAUAUAACUGUCCAUCCGACAGAAAACAAAGCUUCUGCAAACGUUCUUGAGUUCAAGGAGAAGGCUGUUAGCCGGUAUGCCCUUCAUCCAGCCACUAUGGACCAUGCUCUCCAAAUGUUCCCAAUAGCUAUAGCUAAGGCCCUCCCUCGUCUUUUACAUCUCCUAAUUCCUGCAUCCCUGGGAAAGAUUUAUGUGCGAGGAAGUUCAUCUCAACUCAGCGUUGAAACAGCGUACACCUAUAAUAAAAAAGGAGCUUGGGUUGGACAAACCACGAUGGUAGAACAUGAUAAACUUGUUCUUUCUUUCGAAGAUUGCGUCGGUUUCCCAGUGGAAGGAUUCGUUAAGUUUGGAGCCCCUGAUGCGUCCCUGUGUUCUCAAAUACGGUGGGCCCCAGAUAUCGAUUCGAUACCUUCUCAAGCCUUACUUCCCAGCCCAUCAGCUCAGGGAAUAUAUCGCGUGAUGGCCAGUGAUACAGAGCAGCUAAGCAUUCUCUAUGUCUUGGAGACUGCAGAUAAACUCGUCAGUUUCGACCCAAUUGAAUCUCCUCUAAAUAAUUGGAGGGGCUGGGUAAUUGCCAAAGCCUCAAGUCUUCGCCAACUUCCUGACGCUCUGCCUCUUGAAGCCCAUGAAUUGAUUCAAAUGACUUCUGAAUGCCGCAAGCACCGCAUUAAAGCACUGUCAUCUAGAUAUGCUGACAGAGGAGAUCGCUCUAUUCCAUCUGAAUGCAUGCAACACAUUUAUGAGAACUGUGAAAAGUUCUUCCAAGGCCAGAAGUUACCUGAAAGAACCAUAGAUUGCCUAGAAAAAUACCGGAGCUUUGUUCAAUCACACUGUGACUGGAGUCAAUUUUUAACCGUUCUUGCCCAUUCCAAUCCAUCCUUGCGGAUACUGGAAAUCGGUGGAGGGACAGGUUGUGGCACUCAAGUAGCGUUGAAAUAUCUGCAGUCGCCUGAAGGUUCCCGGAUGUUCUCGCAUUAUACAUUCACAGACGCAUCAGACAAUGUCGUGCAGGCGGCCAAAGCACUGUUCACUGAUGGGAUCGAACUCAAAGUUCUAGAUAUAACUAAAAAUCCUGCGGAGCAGAACUUCGAGCUUCAUAGCUUCGAUCUUGUCAUCGCUUCAAGCGGUCUUCCCCCUAUGGGCCAAGUUCAAGUGGCUCUCAAGAAUAUAUACAAAUUGCUUACCCCUGGUGGCCGACUUCUAUUACACGAAUUGCAACCAGGCCUGUCUCCCGAGCAGUGGGAGCAACAACUCCACACGGCUGGGUUUUCUGGAGUAGACGCAAUUAGUUUUGAUUUCGACGCUCCCCAUCAAACAUCCUUUUCAAUACUGUCAAGCGUAAAGCCCUCUUCCUCUCCUAAGACUGACGUUACGCUCCUGACGGGAGACACUCCUUGCCCCUGGACCAAAAAAAUUGCAAGUAGCCUUGAAAAAAUAGGGUAUCGAGUGCAUUGGGGCAGACUGGAUCAAUCUCCUCCCACCAGCCAGUGUAUUGUCUCAGUUCUAGAUCUGGAGAGUCCUUAUCUCCAUAAUCUAUCCGAAGAAAAAUAUAUUGCCCUUCAUUCAUACCUAACUAAAAUAGGGAAGUCGAGGAUGAUAUGGGUGACAAGAAUGAACCAGCUUGAGUGUAGCGACCCCAAUUUCAGCAUCAUUUUUGGGCUGGCCAGGACACUGAGGAAUGAAAUGGGGCUUGACAUUUCAACUUUUGAGACCGACAUGUUUAACAGUGCCGCAAUAAAUGGAUUGAGCAAAGUACUCGAUAAGAUCGAAUGGUCUCGCGCGUCCUCUGCUCUUGACCCUGACUAUGAGUUCGCAUUUCAUAAUGGGAGCAUAUAUAAUGGCCGGUGCCACUGGAUGUCGGCUCAAAGUCAGAUGCCAAUCGAGUCCUUGGGGGAAACACCAAGGAAACUUGCAAUCAAGUCUAUAGGAUCAGUAGAUUCGCUCUACUGGCAACCCUUUGCUGAUGCCACAGAGUUAACGGGGGACGAAAUCGAGGUUGAUAUGCAUUACAUUGGGUUAAACUUCAGGGAUGUCAUGGUAGCGACCGGCCUGUUUGGGGACCCUAAAGAGUUUGGUAUAGAAGGCAGUGGUAUCGUUCGUCGGGUAGCGUCUGGAGUUGUCGAUUUUAAACCUGGAGACAGAGUGUUUGUACUGGCUACUGGUGCCUUCCGCACGAGGGUUGUGAAGCCAGCGCAUACGGUCCUCCCGAUUCUAGAUACGAUGGCAUUGGAAGACGCUGCAACAAUACCUUGCGUAUACCUUACGUCUAUCAUGUGCUUAGAAACCUUUUCUCGGGUCAGGGAGGGCGAGGUUUGCAAGAAGAUAGGUGCGCAGAUAUUCGCCACUGUCGGAAACGAAGAGAAGGUCCAAUACCUCGUUAAUGAAUUUGGCAUCCCACGCCAUCACAUAUUCAAUUCUAGAAAUGCAGAUUUCUUGCCAGGUAUCAUGAGGGAGACAGGGGGUAGGGGCGUUGACGUGGUUUUGAACUCUCUUUCCGGGAAACUGUUACACACUUCGUGGCAGUGUGUUGCACCGUUUGGCAAGAUGGUUGAACUGGGGAAACGAGACUUUUUAAGCAAUGGACGCCUGGAUAUGGCACCAAUGAUGGAAAAUCGCUCAUUCAUAGGAUUUGACCUAGGUCAUUGGAUAAACGCGGAUCAUGGCAUCUUGAGGCACCAAGGCAGCCUCAAGCCCAUCCAGCCCAUCAAGGUCUACGAUGCAGCAGAUGUCUCUGAGGCAUUCCGUUACAUGCAGCAAGGAACCCAUAUGGGCAAAAUUGUGAUCCGGCUUCCUCAAGAUCUUUCAGCCAUCCCGCUGGCAGGUGUGAAAGCUCCGGUAGAGUUUUCACCAGAUGUCUCUUACCUUUUGGUAGGUGGGCUAGGAGGCCUGGGACGUUCUAUAUCCGCUUGGAUGGUUGAGCAAGGAGCUCGUCACUUGGUAUAUUUGUCAAGAACCGCAGGGCAAACGGAUAAGGACCGAGCCUUCAUACGAGAGUUGGAAGAUCAAGGCUGCCAUGCGGUCUGUGUAGCAGGCAGCGUGGUCAAUAUAGCAGACGUGAGAUCUGCGAUUGCUCAGUGUCCCAAGCCUCUUGCUGGGGUUUUCCAGCUGUCCACUGUUUUAAAAGACCGCACUUUUAGUAAGAUGAGCUAUGAAGACUGGACGACAUGUCUCAAUACCAAAGUUCAAGGAACCUGGAACUUGCAUGAGGCUCUGCAGAACGAGAAGGACCUAGAAUUCUUAGUGCUGUUCGGUUCUGUGUCUGGCGUCUGCGGGAACGUGGGACAGGCCAACUAUGCGGCUGCUAACGGGUUCCUUACCAGUUUCACACAAUACCGGCGCCAGCUGGGGCUGCCUGCAUCUGUGCUUGAGCUGGGCAUAGUAGACGAGAUUGGCAUGGCAAGUGAAAAUGAAGCAGCUCUCCAGAAUGCUCGAUCUACCUCACUCCGACUGAUAUAUGAGAAUGAGCUAAUCGAAGGAGUACGGCUGGCCAUUUACCAGUGCCGCAACCCCCCACCAGCAGACAGCCUGACGUCCAGUUCCAGCAUCAUCGGCCUGGGCAAUACCAAACCACUGACUGAGCCUGGAGUACGCCCACUAUGGGCCAGGGAUGCACGGUUUGCGCUAUACUCAAACCUGGCAGGCAAUGGGAAUGACGGAACUGCCGGUGAAGCGAACAACGGGGUCAAGUUGCUGUUGUCGAAGAUUGGACAGAGUGCAUCAUACCUGAACACCGAAGAGUCUAAGAGCAUACUCCAAGGAGUGCUGGGGAUGAUGGUUAGACAGAGCAUGGCGCAUACGCAGGACAUGGACGAGGACGAGCUGGCGGGCGUUAACAUUGAUUCUCUCACGGUUAUCGAGAUGCGAAACUGGUUCAGACGCAACAUGGGCCUUGAAAUUAGUCUGGCUGAGAUCGGAAAGGCUGGAGUCGUUGGGAACCUGGCAGAGACCAUCCAUGGAUUGAUGAAGGUCAAAUACGGUCUUACUGGGAAACAAGAUGGCGCUGAUCCCGAAAAUGACCUUGACUAA